AUGUCAUAGGAGUCAUAAACAAGUUUGUUGGGAAACUUAAGAAAAGUAAUUACUUUGGUAGAUCAAUUACGUGAUAUUGGACUGAAUGAUUACAUAAAAUUACCUCGAAUCGUUGUCCUAGGUAUCCAAUCUGCAGGAAAGUCUUCACUAUUGGAACAUAUAGUGGGAAUUGAUUUCUUACCAAGAGGAUCUGUAAUGUUAUGAUUUGAUAAAAUAGGGUGUUGUCACAAGAAGACCAUUGGAAUUGCGUCUGUCUUACUCGCCUUAAAGUGUGUGUGCCCAACCAACAGCUGAAUUCGUAGAAGAAAUCAAAGGGAAGAAAUAUACCAAUUUUGAUGAAGUCAGAAAGAGCAUCGAAGAAUUAACUGACAAGGUAUGUGGAUCAAGCAAAAACAUCAUUGACAAACCAAUCAUUUUGGCAGUGACAGGACCUAAUUGUCCAGACCUAACCCUUGUUGGUAACGAUAAAAGAUUCUAUGUAAUAUAGACUUACCUGGAAUAACAAGAAUACCAAUUAUGGAUUAACCUAAAGAUAUUGAAUAGAUCACAACCAAUAUGGCUAGGAGAUAUUGCGAAGACCCAUCAGCUAUCAUUUUGUGUGUUGUUGCAGCCAACGCAGACAUGACAACAUCAGAUGCAUUAUUAUUGGCUAAGAAAUUGGAUCCAGAUGGCAUCAGAACUGUAGGAGUCUUAACAAAAAUAGAUAUUAUGGAUCAAGGAACAAAUGCAAUUAAAAUGUUGAAAGGAGAAGAAGUACCACUCAAAUAUGGUUAUGUGGGAGUGAAGUUGAGAUCUCAAUAAGAAAUUAAGGAUAAUGUUCCCAUAGUCCAAGCUGUUCAAAGAGAAAAGAAUUUCUUUGCCAAUCAUCCUGUUUAUUCUUCCAUUCCUGGAGAUAUAUUUGGUACUUAGGUGUUGACAGGCAAAUUAACUAGAAUUCUAUAUCGAAGAAUCCGAAGUUUCUUGCCUACUUUAAUGUAAGAAAUUAAUCAAAGGAUCUCCAAAGUAUAGAAUAGGCUUGACAUUCUGGGACCUGGAUUGCCAAUCGAAGAUUCUGUAAUUCUAUUCUAUAACAUUAUUUAGGAUAAAUUGCAUUUUAUUUGGUAACUCAUCCAUGAAUUUUCUGUCCGUUUUCGAAAUUCUAUAUCAGGAUAAUAUGAAAAACAAAAGGCUAAUAUCAAGAGUUUGUAGGUGCCAGCUGGCUCUUCAAUUAAAUUGCUCUUCAAGGAUUUAUAUGACGAUUACAGUCAAUUAGAUUAUUGUGCUUUAAAGAAAUUCAAGGAUGAGGACAUUCUCUAAGUCAUUUAAAAAUAUUAAGCAUAAUCUAUUCCUGGCUUUUUGCCUGUGGAUGCAUUUUAUGCUCUUUUGAAUCCAGAAUUAAAGAAAUUAUACGCUCCCGCUUAUGACUCUCUUGAAUAAGCAUUUUAGAUCCUAGAAUAGUAUGCAACUACUAUUUUAGAAAGCCAAUUGCAAUAGUAUGAGUCUUUUUUAUACUUCAUAUAGAUUGCCUUCAGUUUAUAAAAUGUUAUAAGAUUAAAUUAUGGAAGUGAUUCAUGAAUGUAAAAAGAAUGCCCAUGAUUCUAUUACUGAUGUUCUUGAUGCAGAAUAAAACUACAUUUUCACCAAUGAUCUCAACUAUUUAAGUGGCAAACCUUUCAUCAAAUUUGGCAAGGAAUCAAAAGCUGAUCAACAAAAAGGAAAUCCUAUGGUUUUAGAGUUAAGAACUAAAAUAGAACAUUAUUUCAAAUUAGUAGUCAGAGCUACUAGAGACAACAUUCCAAAACUUAUAGGUUACUUUUUAGUUAAAGGAUGCUAAGUACUAAGAUAAUUUAUAUACAUAGAAUCAAAUGUUGAGAUAAUUGUAAUAAAACUUAAUGCAAAACUAAACCAUUUUGUCCGUCAUUUGUGAAGACUAAAAUGUAGUUGAAGAGAGAAAGAAGUUAAAUAGGGAAAUAGAAACAUUCAAAAAUGCAUAAAAGAUUAUUAAAAGAGAUCCUGAGUAAAUAUCAAAAUUUAUCAAUUAGUCUAUCAGAGUAUAUAUUAUCAACAACUGAAGAAUAAGAAGACUAAUAAUACAUGUAAAAAUAAAAAUAAUAAGCUAAUUCUGCACCCACUUAAUAGAAUAAACCUUAAGUAUGAUAUUUAACUAUAUUAUUAGUAAUAAAUACCAUAGUAGUAAUAAUAAUAACCAAAAUAACAACCUUAAUAAUAAUAAUCUUAAUAGGUCUCUGCAAACACCAAUUAAAAUAAUAAGCCUUUGACAACUAAUGCUACCUAAAGAACAGAUGUGCCAAAAGAACAAGAAUAACUACCUUAAAAACCAAAUGACCCUAUCGUAAAUAGAAAUACAACUUAAUAGCCAGAAUCAAUUAGACAACAACCAUCCUCAACAUAACCAUCAUAAAGAUAGGCUCAACCUCAAACCUAACCUCCAUAGUCAAAUUAAUAACCUUAAAAUAAUUAUCCAUUGAAUAAUAAUAAACCAACUGGAGCUGCUCAACCAGUUGCUUAAUAACCAGCUCCUCCUCCAGUAAUUUAUUAGUUUUAUAUUUUAGGCUCAAUAAUAACCUCAGCCCUAAGCUUAAUAAUAACAAGGAGAGAAGAAAAGCUUGUUUGGGUUUAUGAAAAAAUGAUUUAUAUUAAUCAUUUUAAAUUAUCAAAAAUAUCAUGGAC